AUGACGACGACCUGCAUGGCCAUCAUGGAAGCGGAAGAGAUGAACUUCCAACCGAUGGAGGCGGGCUCUCCCACCAGAGAACACAGCCCCAGUUGUGAUGUCCAUAAGGAAAAGCACAACCGAAAGAGGAAGAAAAAUGUAAACAAUUCCACUUUUGUUAAUCUACGAGAUUGGACAAACAAAGUACAAAAGAGGUACGAGAAGAAACGUAAAACAUCACAACAGGGAAUAAAUAAGGAUAAAAAAAAUUCGUUACCCAAUGGUGAACCGGAGAGCAAUUAUCUCUCCUCCCAUUCUUCCUCCUCCUCCUUUAACUCAAGAUCCAGCUUGGGUAAUAAUAUUAAUGUCUCCUCCGAUGAGUCCAAUUACGACUCUGAUAUCGAGCAGCGGAUUUGCAGAUUUUUGAAGUUAGAGAAUAGUAACACGGGAAGGAAGAGGAAAAAGAAGAAAAAGGAAAAUGCUCCUGAGGAGGGGGCAGCUGUCGACCCACUUGACGAUGCACAUAACGAUGUAGUUAACGACCCACUUAACGAUGCACAUAACGAUGCAGUUAACGACCCACUUAACGAUGCAGCUAUAGAGGGCGGCGUCGAUGGAGAAGCCCAUGCAGAUGUGGACGCGGACAUGUACCCAGUUGAACAUACCAAUGUCGUUGUCGACGUGGUGGUCAAUGAGCUAGCCGAUGAGCUGGCCAAUCAGCUGGUCGAUGUGGGAGGAAACUCCAGAACAAUGAACGACGGGACAUUUAACACUCUCGAAGCAACCGCGCUCGAGGACGACCAUUCUGUCAACCCAGUCAAUAAACACACACAAAAGGAAAAACGAGAGUCAGAACAUUUGCACGAAGGGCCUGUGCAGACCAAUGAAGAACAAGAGAGUAGUAGCGACACGAUGAAUGAGAAAACGGAUCACAGUAGUAACAGUAAUGAACAAAUGGUCAAUGAAGAUAAUGAAAAUAAUAUUUACCUCAAGGAGGAUAAUAGUAUUCCUAAUGGGGAUGACAAAUACGAUAAUGGAAGCCAAGGGGGAAACCUUUCCCCGCGUAGUAAUACAGAGGAGGAAGGGGAUAAUGUCGAAGGGCCUAUUAAGGAAACAUAUGGAGUCACCUCGGAGGAAGUCAUCGUACAGGAUGAGAACCUGGUAGACGGCACAAGUACGCCUCCCCAUGUAAAGGAAGAAGCAAGUGAGGAGGUGCAGGAAGAGGACGACGACGAAGAGGAAGAAGAGGAGGAUGAGGAGGAGGAAGAAGAAGAGGAAGAGGAAGAGGAAGUGGAUGAAGAGGAAGGCGAGGAAGUAGAUUACGAGGAGGACGACGAAGAAGGAGAACAAGAGGAGGAAAUACAUUACGAGGACGAAGAAGAAGAAGCGGCAGAAAUUGAAGAUGAGAAAGCCCCAAAACAAUCGACACAAAAAGCCGCAAGAGAAUCCCCUAAUGAAAAGGACUCGCGACCCAUCCCCGACUCCAAAAGGGAAAGACAACCGAAGGAAAGGACAAGACAAAAUGGCGAAAAAGGUGACAUGAAGGAGGAACACUCUCCGAGGAAGACAGAAGAAAGGCAACCGAUCCACAGAAAGGAGAAUCCAUACAGACCUAGAGCUGAUGAUAGGGGAGGAAGAAUAAACCAUUCGAAUGAACGGGAAAAUCCCAGCAGGGGACCCCCCGAGAGAAAUGGUCCAGAUAGCUAUCACAAAAGAAAUGCGAAAGAGAGAGAAUUCAAUAGAUUCAAAAAAUCCAUCAGCCGUAGUCGAGAAAGACAUGUGAACGAAAGAGACAAACGAAAUUCACGUGAGAAGGAGCAACUCUCUGCUCACAUGCACAAGGAUUCUAAUAGUAAUCAGAGGCCAGCGAAACAUUUUGAAGAAAGAAACAAAAAAAAAGACAAUUCGCAUCCCACUGGAAGGAGAAAUAUGCAAAAUGGAGAAAAUAUGCGUCCUGAUAGGGAAAGGGAUAGCAGGAACAAAGAGGAAGGGGAGAAAAUGGACAGGAGGGAUAUGCAACGAGAACCGGAACGGGAAGGUGAUGGUGAAUGGGCAAGCAGGAGGAACAAGGACAGGGACAUGAAUAGGGAGAAGGACAAGGAAAGACACAGGGAUCGGUUCAGAGAAGCGGAAAGAGAUCGGGUCAGAGAAGUGGACAGGAAUCGGUUCAGAGAUGUGGAAAGAGAUCGGGUCAGAGAUGUAGAAAGAGAUCGGGGAACGGGACAGGGAGCGAGACAGGGAAAGAGAUCGCAUGGGAGAAGCGGAGUGGCACAGGAAUAG